ACCAUAUGUUUUUAUCAGAUUCCCAGAUGUGGUCAUGAUUGAUGUCUUUUAUCUUAAGUAUAAAGUCUGCUUUUACAUUUGCAUUUCUUCUGAGACAUCUGUGGAACAAUAUUACCAUUAUAAUCAACGGGAUUAUUCUUGGAAUAGGGCAUGACUUAAUAUGAGUAAAAUUGUAAAAAUCUGGUCCAUGUAUAAGAACAGACUGGUUCAUUGAGACUUAAAAAAUUACAAUUCUGUCUAAAGUGUUUUAUCUAUCUUUGGCACAAAUACCAUCUCAGAUUACUACUGAGUGAUGUGUUUGGGUUUUCUUAAUCACUUUGUGAAUUUUCAACUCCUGUGUUUCCGAGGCAGCAUUAUCCAAGUCACAUCCAAAUCUCAUUCCUCAUCACUGUUAUUGGGGACAGAAAUCUUUGCAGGGCCCAUUGCGAUAGGACAAGGGAUAAUGGCUUUAAACUAAAAGAGGGGAGAUUCAGGCUAGACAUGAGAGAGAAAUUUUUUUACAAUGAAGAUGGUAAAACACUGGCACAGGUUGCCCAGAGGUGGUAGAUGUCCCAUCCCUGGAAACACUCAGGUCCAGGCUGGACAGGGCUCGGAGCAACCUGAUCUAGUUGAAGAUGUCCCUGCUCAUUGCAGGGCGUUGGACUAGAUGACCUUUGAAGGCCUUUUCCAACCAAAACCGUUCUAUGGUUAUUCCUCUUUCUUUUUCAACAGCAAAGAAUAUACGAGCAGCAUAUCCUUAUACUUUGCUGUUGUAACUACCACAAAAAAAUACCGCUCAGGUCUCCCCGGUACUUGCACUCUCUCACUCCGGCCUAAGCUAUCUGUAGCAUUAAGUACAUUUUCUAUACUUACUGAUCUGAUCUACAUGCUUUCUUUUGGAGUCCUUUCAGCACCUCAGCUGCCAUUUUUUAUUAUUGCUUCUGAGGGCUGCCCAACUGCACACUGUACAGUGUAAGAGAGGGGAAUUUCAGAAACCUGUUUUAUCAGUCUCCAAUACUUCCUCAGAGGAACAAAGGAAACAAAUUUUUUUUGGUCAAUAAAUGUAAUCAGUUAAUAAAUAUAAAAACAUCAGUGGCUGACUGGCAGAUAGCAGCUAUCUGUGGAGGUGAUAUCUGUACUUCAAGUUAUUUGUGAAGGUGCAUUUUUUGAGCUUUAUCUGCAAACUGGCAAUUUUAGGGCAUGCUUAAGUGCCAUUUAGAUACAGGAAGAACUCUAAAAGAUUAAUGAUGAAUGUAAUAUACCUGGCUGUAUUGUAUAAAACAGGCAAAACUUCUGUUAUGAGUGAAACAUUAAAGGAGAAAGGGCAGAGUAAUUGUACAGUCAAAAUCACUUCAGACUCCUCAGCUCAGAUGUUUAAGCUAGUUUCACUGUUUUAGCUAGUUUGUGCUGUGCCGGUUUCAUUUUUAUCUCUUCAGCUCAGCAUCAGCACCUCUUCUCACACUUUCCCUAAUGAUCAAUGUCAAUGGGUUAGAGAAGUUGUUGCCUGAGAGGCUGAAGGAGUUGAGUGUGUUCACCAUGAAGAAGAGAAGUCUUGGGUGGGUCUAGCCGUGCUCUACCAGUACAAAAAGGGUGGUUAUGGAGAAGGAGGUGAAAGCACUGUUUCCCAAAUGUGCACUGUGACAGGACAAGAGGCGAUGACCACAAGUUGCUUCAGGGCAGAUGCCCCUGGAUAUCCGGGACAUAUCACCGUGGGAUCAGUCAAACUUUGGAAUAGACUGUCCAGGAGGUGCUAGAAUUUCCCACACUGGAAAUAUUUGACAUAUGGCUAGACAGGGUCCUUCGUAAUGCUAAUCUAAGGCCUUGCUUUCAACAGGAGGCUGGGCUAUUUGAUCUCCCCAGGUCUCUUGCAACUUAGAUAAUUCUGCAGUUCUGUAUUCACUUGUGUCCUCAGCUAUCUUCUGUGCAGUGGUCAGUCAUCCCUACUAUCUGUCCCUGGUCUUCUCCACAUUCUGCUGUUUGUGCUGUGGUAGUUCCUGUGUUACUUGACUAUGCUAGAGGGGAUAGACAUUUGUCUUCUCACUUGGAGACAUGUGAGUAGUGUUGAGGCAGUACCAGCGCUCAGGGGACUUUCCCGGUUCCAGCUGGUGGGAGUACACGUGCGCAUGGAGUUUGUGACAGCCAGGUAGCGCCUUGGAAAAAUGUCAGUGCUCAGGUGAAUGCCAAAGUGGCAAACUGUACAGAUGUGAAGUGGCUCUAGAUCUUUAUGUCUGUUUUUAUGUAAAUAAAUAGUACAGAGCAAGCCCAUGAGCUUAGUACUGGCCUAUGCUAACAAGCAACACCAAGGUAUGUUUUGGGGAUAACGUCUACCAGGCUCUGUUCCAGGUUAGGAAUUUGGAUGUAAUCAGACUGUUUGUGGGGGGAAAGGGAAGGAAGUGAGGAGUGUUUAGACAUGUGGAGCUGAUGCCAGGUGGUCUCAGCACCAGGGAAGUCUCUGGUUCUUACUAUUUAGCAGUAGACACGUAGCCUAAACACCCAUUCCCUAAGCCUGACCACAGCAUCGUCUGUCAGUAAACCUUGGUUCAGUACAAGGUCACAUUCUAGGAUUAUUUAUCUUGUUCCAGGUCAUGUUAAUGAAGACUAGAUGUAUAAUUAAAAAGGAAAAAAAAUCUAACCAAACUACAACAAAACCACUUGGAUUCCUAGGAAAAAAAAACACUGCACUCUGGGGCAAAUUGCACAAAGAAAAUGUCAUGGCUGCACAAUACAAGGGCUGCUGCAGCCCGACCUCAAACUCCAGCAGCUAAGUCUUGAAGUGUGUGGAAAUAAAGCAAAAAAGCCAACAUCCCAGUGAAGUUUCAGCAUGAUGAAGUUGAAGUAGCAAGUGUAUCUCUGUUUUAGAUGGAGAAGCUAAGGAAAAAAAAGAGAAAGAAGUUUAUAAAAUGUCUGGCUGCCACUGAGGCUCGGCCGGUUGGGGAAGCAACAGACUUCCCUUGGAGCUUGUUUUUCUUUUUAUCCUUGGAUGAACUAGUGUGCAGUACAUUAUGCUCCCUGAAUGUAGGGGUUUGUCACAGUUAGCGCCGGGGGCUGUCCCGGGAACGUAGGAAGUCGAUGGGGGUGAAUGGAGCAUGCGGUGGUCGGUGGGGCUCGAGCCCGCGCUUCGGGAAACCUGUCGCUGCUCCUCUCGGCCGGACUGGCCAAAGCCAGGCAGGAAAGGAGGGUGUGAGGAUUGUGGUAAAAGCCUUAUAGGAGAAUGCAAACUCCACGGACCACUCAUCAGGGCUAAAGAUAGGGUUAUUCCUAGCCGAGCCCGUCUCACCCUACCUCAUUACCUCACUUUGCGAGUGUUGGAGCUGCGAGCUGGAAACCAGCAGAUCCUUGGAGUAUUUGCAAAGAAAGUGAUACAGAAGAGAACACAGUUUGGUCCUUAUGUUGGGCAACUGUCUACAAAACUGACCUGCUAUGAUGAGAGCAGGCUAGUCCUGCAGGUAUUGAAAGAUGGAGGGAAGUACUUUCUGGACACUCCCAAUGAAGACUGUGGAAACUGGAUGAUGUUUGUCCGGCUAGCCCGGAACCAAGAAGAACAGACCCUUGUGGCUUAUCAGCACUGUGGAGAAGUCUACUUCACAACUGUUAAGCCAAUUGAACCCCACACAGAAUUGAAAGUAUGGUAUGCUGCCGACUAUGCCAAAUUUAUGGAAGCUUCUGCAGUCUUCAUUAAAGAAGAAUCUGAUGUCUGUCCUUUGCCUCCAGUAACAAAGGAGCCUGUAGACCCUUGGAUAUGCUCCAGCUGUAGAAGCACUUUUGCAACUUUUGCUCUGCUAGAAUCUCACGAGUGCAUCCAUAAAGACCGAGUCCUUACCACCAGGUUCAGAUCACCAAAUAAACUGGGACCUGUAAAAACAAAAAGCAAACUGAAAGGGAAACUAAGAGGAGCAGCAUUAGGCAAAAGCAUUGCCCAGUGCUACGGGACCAUUUCCUGUUCCUCUGCUGCGAAGCUUGGCUGCGCUGGCUCUGGAAGCACUUGUGAUGCUCUUGUGAGGUUUAUACCUAAAUGGAGAAAUGGCCGGUCUUCAUUGUUGAAGGGAAGAGAAGUGAAGCAGCCAGACAGUUACCCUUGCCGGCUCUGCGGGAAGAUAUUUGAUUCCAUUGACAAGCUCACAGUCCACACUUACGCGCACAAAGGGGAGCGCCCCUACAAGUGUUCACAGCACGGAUGCACAAAAGCCUUCAUUUCCAAAUAUAAACUGCUCAGGCACUCAGCCACUCAUUCUCCACAGAAAUCUCACCAGUGUGGGUACUGCGAAAAGACCUUUCACAGGAAAGACCAUCUAAAGAAUCACCUUCAGACUCAUGACCCUAACAAGAUGGCCUUCAAGUGCGAAGAGUGUGGCAAGAAGUACAACACCAAGCUAGGCUAUAAGAGACACUUGGCUCUUCAUGCAGCCACCAGUGGGGACCUUACCUGUAGGGUAUGUGCCCAGGAGUUUGGCGGUACUGAAGUUUUGUUGGAACACCUCAAAAGCCAUGCAGGAAAACCAACUGGCAAUACCAAGGAAAAGAAACACAAGUGUGACCACUGUGAGCGUCACUUCUACACCCGUAAAGACGUGCGACGGCACAUGGUAGUUCACACAGGCUGCAAAGACUUUCUGUGCCAGUUUUGUGCCCAGAGGUUUGGGCGGAAGGACCACUUGACUCGCCACACUAGGAAGACUCAUCCGCAAGAACUGCUGAAGAGCAGGUUGCAGAAUGGUGACUCAGUGGGUCUCCUUGACCAGCUUUUCCCAUUCAGACUGAAGGAAGAUGCUAGCAUACUGUCCCCUUUUCCUGAAAGGGUCUCCGCGCAGAAUGGGAUUUUGAAUAGUUCAGAAUCGGAGGAAUACAACUGUUCACAUCUUCAUUCCCAGCCAAGCUUACAAACCGCUCUUCCUCUGGAACCUUCUCAUUUGCCAAGGAUGGGCUGUGCAGACAGCCUUCCAGCUGUCCAUCCCACACCAUGCUCCACAGCCGUUCCUGCCAACCUGAACCUUCAGCAGCCUAAUAAAUAUGACCCUAGUUCUACCUCAUUUGCAGCAGGAUCCCUCAAGACUCUACCGAUAAAAGUGGAUGUUAAAGGUUAUAACAUGCAACUUCCUGAGGUCCUGCCGUUACCAGAACCUCAGUCUCUCCACAAAAUCAGUCUGGAAGAAGCUUCCUCAGGGCCUGUAGGGGAUACUAACAAGUACCCAAUGCACAAGGAGACAGAGGCAGCAGCUGAAACUACGAGCCUGCCUUUCAUGGAUCUCACUCAUGUGAUGAGUUUCUGGCAGCUCCCACCAAGUGACAACCAGAACACUACUGGGGACAUGACAAUGGCACUUGGUCCCGAGGAUCCAUCACACAGGCUGAAUGGCAUUGGCCAACAGCAAGGUCUUCAGCUAGCAACUGGUGGGAUGGCCAUAAACCAGCUGCACCAUCUUCCUCGUUCCUUUCCAUCCACUACAAAUUCUGUAACAUUGCCUCAUUUUCACCAUGCCUUCAAAUAAUUAUCACCAUGGGGUUGCUUGUUUGUUUCGGGUUUUUUUCCCCUUCUUUUUAAAGACUGUGCUUCUUACUUAAAUCUGUUAGGAUGGGGUAGUUUUGGUUUGGGUUUUUUGGUUGUUUUGUUUUGGUUUUUUGGUUUUGUUUUUUUUUUAAGAAAAACUGCCACAAAUGUUUUCAAAGCACAUUAUGAACAUGGUAGUUAAAUUCAGGAUGUUAAUAAACGAGAAGCUCUAUUUUUCAUACUACUAUUAGUUUUUUAGCAUAUGACAAUAGUAGAACUAACAUUUCCCUCAACACCUUCUCUAUUUUUGUUUCUUACCUUUCAGGCAAACAACUGAAUAAAUAUCUUCAAUGACAGCAAAGGAUCAUAACAGGCACAAAAAAACUAUGGCUACUGCAGUAGGAGAAAUAGGGUUAGGGUGAAUGGGAAGAAGGGGGAAAUCACAGGAAAAAUAAUUUUAAUGAGACAUAAAUCACAGCGAAUUUAUACACAUGGCAAAUGUAAUGAACGAUUUAUCAACAUCACAUAGAUUUCUGUUAAGCACUUAAUUACUGAACUUUAUGAGUUUUUAAUUUAAAUCAGAAUCAUUCCAAGAGUAAAUCUUACCUCCUGUUUCACUUUUUUAUAAAUGAAGAAGAUCACUUUCGUGAUUACAUUUAACUAGAUUUUUGUUUUCUGAGGUGCACUUCAGCUGUGUGUAUUUCAUGUAUUUUUUUUCUUUCGGGCUGGAAAUAACUACCACUUCUGCAUGACUGUUUAAGAACUGAUGUCUUGUACAUGUGCAGUUUUCAGAAUGGGAAGUGAAUUGUCUCAAAGGUUAAAGCAAAACAUUAAUUUUCACUUAGAGCUGGAUCUGGCAAGGUAUCAGACAGUGGGCUUUCACUCUAGUAAAGCACUUAAGCAUUUGCUUAAAUUUAAGCAUAUGUUAUCCCAUUGGGUCAACAAGUUGAUUCAUUUAACACUCAAUAAAAAAAUAAUGUUUCCUACCGAA